AUGGUUCUUAAGCUCCAACAUAAAUUUGCUGGCCGUAUACGCAACCUUACUGAAUUUAAAGCCCAUGAUGCUCGCCGUCAUAGCCGCCUUCUCUCCUCCAUUGACCUCCCUAUAGGCGGAAAUGGCCAUCCUUCUGAAACUGGCCUUUAUUUCGCCAAAAUUGGGCUUGGAAAUCCAUCAAAGGACUAUUAUGUCCAAGUGGAUACCGGGAGCGACAUUCUAUGGGUGAAUUGCAUCGACUGCAACAAAUGUCCUACAAAAAGUGAACUUGAGUUGCCCUGCCAAUACAAUGUUGUUUAUGGGGAUGGAAGCUCAACUGCUGGAUACUUUGUGAAGGACAAUCUGCAGUUCGAGCGCGUGACUGGAAAUCAACAAACAGCAUUAUCAAAUGGGACUGUUAUAUUUGGGUGUGGAGCUCAGCAAUCUGGGGAAUUAGGUUCAACAGGUGAAGCACUUGAUGGAAUACUUGGGUUUGGGCAAGCAAAUUCAUCUGUGAUUUCACAGCUUGCUUCAGCUGGAAAGGUAGGUGGUACAGUUCUAGAGCUCCCUACAGAUGUAUUUGACUCCGGUGAUCGUAGAGGAACAAUAAUAGAUAGUGGUACUACUUUGGUUUAUCUUCCAGAGGUGGUUUAUGAUUCAUUGAUGAAUGAGAUUAGGAGUCAGCAGCCUGGAUUGAGUUUACAUACUGUUGAGGAGCAAUUUAUCUGUUUUCAGUACACUGGAAAUGUUGAUGAUGGAUUUCCAGUCGUCAAGUUUCAUUUCAAGGACUCACUUGCUUUGCCAGUGUAUCCCCAUGACUAUUUGUUCGAAAUUAAGGAAAAUAUUUGGUGUUUUGGGUGGCAGAACAGUGGGAUUCAAUCAAAGGAUGGGAGGGAUAUGACUCUAUUGGGAGAUUUGGUGCUUUCUAAUAAACUUGUAUUAUAUGACAUCGAAAAGCAGGCCAUUGGAUGGACAGAGUACAACUGCUCUUCGAGUAUCAAAGUGAAGGAUGAUAAUUCUGGAUCAGUGUAUUCUGUUGGUGCUGAAAAUCUUUCGUCAGCUUCUAAACAACUAAGUGGAAGAAUUAACGUGUGCUGGGUAUAG